GUUAAGAGGAGAGGACAAACAAAGUAACCAGUUUUUCUGUAGCUAAAAUUGAAUAGAAGCAUUUUGUGCAAUCGAAGAAAAGGAAAGCUAAAAAAUGGAACGGAAAAGGGACAUCAAUUGGCACACCGAAGCUUGCUGCCGAGUACAUGAUCAGGAAGGCAAAAAGGGUCAACAAGCACUAGAUGAGGCAGUACCCUUGCAACAUCCAGUGAAGGUUCAUGAAGCAAUGAGAUACUCUCUCCUUGCAGGGGGUAAGCGUAUCCGGCCGCUUCUCUGUAUUGCUUCCUGUGAAUUAAUGGGAGGGAAGGAGACCUUAGCGAUCCCGAUGGCCUGCACGGUAGAGAUGAUACACACAGCAUCACUCAUCAGUGACGACCUUCCUUGCAUGGACAAUGAUGAUCUAACGCGCGGCAAGCCGACCAGCCACAAUGUCUAUGGGGAGAAGUUUGCGGUUCUCGCAGGGUAUAUUAAUAUGCAUAAGAAUAAGACUGCUAGGCUCUUAGAGGCAUCGGCUGUUUGUGGGGCUAUAAUAGGAGGGGGAAGUGAUGAAGAUGUAGAGAGGGCAAGGAGCUAUGCGAGGCGUAUAGGGCUGUUGUUUCAGGUUGUGGACGACAUUCUAGAUGUUUCCAUGUCGUCGGAAGUGUUGGAGAAGACGUACGGCCAGAAAGGACUUGGUGAGUGAUAAGGCCACUUAUCCGAAGUUGAUGGGUGUCCAUAAUGCCAAGAAGUUUGCUGGUGAACUGGUGGUUCAGGCCAUUGAAGAACUUGCCUGUUUUGAUACCGCCAAGGCUGCUCCUUUGUACCAUUAAAUUUAGCAAAAUUUAUCGCUAAUAGAGACAAUUAGUACACAUUGUAAAAAGAGAAGCCCUUGAUUCUUGAUACUUUUCACUCAUGUAAUUGUAGUAAUAAUCUCUUGAUUGUAUU